UUAUGCAUUCCAGUUCAUUAUUUCCCCACUCUUUUUCUUCAAUUUAAAUAGGGACAUGUGCAUCCCAGUGCGUUUUUUGGUGUGUUCCAGUGCGUUCUGGUGCGUUCCAGUACAGUUCUGUGCAGAAAAAAUGCAGCAUGUUCUGCUUUUUUUUCUGCAACUGGAACACACUGGAACUGCAAGCACUGAUGUGAACUAUGACCUUGACAACCAUAUAACCUACUUUCUGUGCAGUUUGGAUGCAGAAAAAAAAGCAACUGAAACACAUGUAGUGUGAACCGGCCCUUAAAGUGUAUCUGUG